AGUGCAAUAUUUGAAAAAAAAUUAAAUAGAAGGAAAAAAAAAACCCUAGCUAUAAAGUACCCACAACAAGUCCAUUAUGGCAUACAAAAAUCCCAACACUCCCUUCUCUCCCCCUUCAGUGUAAGCUAAAAAACAAAAUAGGGGAAAAGGGCGGAGGGGGUCAACAGAGGCAUUCUAUCGAACACUCGAUAGGCGCGCGGCCUGUAGAGAGCAUGAGCGCCAUCGCGGUGAGCCGGGUGGCGCAGUCGGUGGUGGCCCCGGCGGAGGCGACUCCGACGGGGCCGCUCCGGCUCUCGUGGCUGGACCGGUACCCGACCCAGCGGGCGCUGAUCGAGUCGCUGCACGUGUUCAAAGAGGGCGGCCCCGACCCGGUCCGGGUGAUCCGGGUCGCCCUCGCCAAGGCACUGGUCUACUACUACCCGCUCGCCGGCCGGCUCGCCGAGCCGGAGGAGGGGGAGCUCCGGGUGGACUGCACGGGGGAGGGGGUCUGGUUCAUCGAGGCCUCCGCGAGCUGCAGCUUGGAGGACGUCGACUACUUGGAGCACCCGCUGAUGAUCCCCAAGGACGAGCUGCUGCCCCAUCCCCAACCCAAACUGGACCCCGCCGCGGAGGAAACCCUGAUCCUCCUCGUCCAGGUGACGAGGUUUACCUGCGGGGGGACGGUGAUCGGGUUCCGGUUCAGCCACGCGGUGGCGGAUGGGCCGGGGGCGGCGCAGUUCAUGGGGGCGGUGGGGGAGAUGGCGCGCGGGGCGGCGCGGCCGUCGGUGGACCGGCUGGAGUACCUGGCGAUGGACAUCUCGGCGGAGUACAUCGCCCACUUCAAGACCCAGUUCCUGGAGCAGACGGGCCAGCGCUGCUCGGCCUUCGAGGUGCUGAUCGCCAAGGCCUGGCAGAGCCGCACCCGCGCGGUGGGCCUGCCCGCCGAGGCCGACAUCCACCUCUGCUUCGCCAUGAACGCGCGGCCGCUGCUGGGGCAGGCGCUGCCCCCCGCCGGGGGCUUCUACGGCAACUGCUACUACAUCAUGCGCGUCUCGUCCACCAGCGGCAGGGUGGCGGGCGCCUCCAUCGUCGACAUCGUGCGGCUCAUCAAGGACGGCAAGAAGCGGCUCCCGCUCGAGUUCGCCCGCUGGGCCGCCGGUCGGGGCGGCGACCCCUACCAGAUCACCUCCGACCACCGCAACCUGCUCGUCUCCGACUGGACGCGCCUGGGCUUCGCCGAGGUCGACUACGGCUGGGGCCCGCCCGUCCACGUCGUCCCCUUGACCAACCUCGACUACAUCGCCACGUGCAUACUCGUCAAGCCCUCCGCCCAUAAGCCCGGCGCACGCCUCAUCACCCAGUGCGUUGCGCCCCACAACCUCACCGCCUUCCACGAUGCCAUGUUGAACUUGGAUUAAUUAUUUUUAAAUAAUUAAUUAAUUAAAAAAUGUUCAAAAUAUUUUAGUUUUUCUUUUUCUUUUUUUCCCACCCCGAUUUUUUUGAAUAUUUUUUGAAGUCGGUCGGUCGAUCGAUCCCAGAAGGGAAUUAAACUCAUAUAACGGAAUAAAACUAAGAAGAGAUCGAGGAGGGACGUGCAUCGGUUUGAUGGGGUUUUUUUGGUUGUGGGAUAUUGGUAUUGAACUAUUGAUUCCCUUGUAUACUUCUUCUUUUUUCUUUUUUCUUUUUGUGUUUGAUAUUGAUAUUAUUUUAUUGGUAUUAUUAUUGGAUCGAUGGGCCAGCUCUUGGUGGGAUGUAAUAUUAUAUUAUUAUAAUUAUGAAUUAAUAAUUGUUUUCCAGCUGUAA